AUGGCAAUGCCUGCGCCGCUUGCCAACGAGAAGAAGAGGGUGAAGGUUUAUGAGCUGCGCGAGAAUGACUGGUUUGAUAGAGGCACCGGGUUCUGCACCGGGCAGAUCAUCAAUGAUGAACCGCGCAUCUAUGUGGAGUCGGAAGACCAGCCUGAGCGCAUGUUGCUCGAGACCCGGAUAUUGAAGGAUGAUGGAUAUCAAAAACAACAAGACACGUUGAUCGUGUGGACAGAAAACAAUGGCACGGAUAUGGCACUCAGCUUUCAGGAGGCUGAAGGCUGCGCAGUCAUCUGGGAUUUUGUGCAGCAAGUGCAGCAACAGCUGCUUUCGCUACCAGAUGACGGCCUCUCGGACGAUGCGCUUGACAACAUAACAACUUCUUUCACCCUCAACCCGCCGGAGUUGAGCAAUCUCGACGAGAUCGAGGCACACAUAAGACAAGCGAGCCUGACGCAGGGCGGGCGCGAAGCGUUGGCAAAGUUCCUGAUAAAAGAGGAAUAUCUACUAAAGCUAAUCCCCUUGGUGGAAAUGGCGGAAGAUCUCGAGAGUUUACCAGACCUGCACCGCCUCUGCAAUAUCAUGAAAGCCCUCAUUCUGAUGAACGACAACACUAUAAUAGAGCACCUUGUCACCGAUGAGAUUAUAAUCGGCGUGGUAGGAGCACUCGAAUACGACCCGGAUUUCCCGACCCACAAGGCUAACCACCGACAAUACCUUUCGGACGAGUCGAGAUACAAGGAGGUGGUCGAGAUCAAAGACCAGAAUAUCAAGCGGAAGAUCAGGCAGACAUGGCGAUUGCAGUAUCUCAAGGAUGUCGUGCUGGCACGAAUCCUGGACGAUCCUACAUUCGGCGUGUUGAACUCGCUCAUCUUUUUUAAUCAGGUCGACAUUGUACAACAUCUACAGAACAACACGCCCUUCCUAAAAGAACUCUUUUCCAUCUUUAGCGCGGACAAUACAGACAUCAACCGGAAAGAACAGGCUGUACAUUUCCUGCAGCAGUGUACUGCUAUUGCCAAAACUCUGCAGAUGCAGGCGCGGGCCACUCUACUUAACAACUUCAUUGCUCACGGUCUCUUUGCUGUCAUCACCUUUGCGGUUAAGCACCCCUCGGCCACGAUGCGCACCACGGGCAUCGAGAUCCUGGUGGCCCUGCUUGAUCAUGAUCCAAACAUGAUGAGAGGCUACAUGCUCAAUGCGGUGCAUGAGAAGAAGACUCCCUUGACAGAUACUCUGAUCGACUUGCUACAUGCGGAAACAGACCUGGGCGUUAAGAACCAGCUGGCGGAUGCCAUCAAGAUCUUGCUCGAUCCUCAGCCUCCUUCCAGCGACCCUAUGGCCAACAGACAGAGCUCCGAAUUUAUGACCAAGCUUUCCAGACCGCCUCACAUGACCCAAGCUCAGCAGCAAAACGAGCAGUUUGCGCAGGAUAACUUUGAUCGAUCGUGCCGCAAACUGUUCGCUCCGUUGAAAUCCCUGGAAUUUCGGGCAUCGAUGCAGAACUUUUCUUACCAGGAGGUCUCGCUGUUCUCAUAUCUGGUGGAAAUCUUGACCUUCUUCGUCCGGCAGCAUUCGAUGAGGAGUCGGCCAUUCAUUUUGUCGGAAAACCUGGCUCCGCGGGUUGCUCAACUGCUCCUGGUUACGCAGAAGCCGCUGAAGCUUACGGCUCUGAAGUUCUUUCGAACAGCGCUUUCAUUACAAGAUCAGUUCUAUGCUGCUCAGGUCGUCAAAAGUGGCGCCUUUGAUGCGAUUCUGGGGAUUGUCAUCGACAACAUGCCUAGGGAUAAUCUCCUCAACUCGGCAUGCUUGGAGUUGUUUGAAUUCAUCCGCAAAGAAACGAUCAAGCCUAUAAUCAUACACCUUGGCGAGGUGUAUCGACAGAAACUCCAGGACAUUACCCAUGUGGAGACUUUUGAGAACCUUCUGAUGCGAUAUGAGCAACUGACGACUGAUCAUCCAGCCCCGGAACACACCCUCUUCAGUCAAGACGACGCAACUCCGCCCAUGAACCGAUCAAAUCUGAGUGGAAGAUGGCAGGGCAUUCCAGAAAUGGAUGCCAACGAGGAAGAUUAUUUCAAUACCUCGGACGAUGACGACGAUGAUCACGAGGAGGGCGCUGAUCGUGAGCCUAACAAAGAUGUGUCGGAACGCAUGCAGUGGCAUCGCAGGCGGAUUAAGGCGGAAAUCAUGAACGGUGGUGCUUCUCCGCUCAGCAAGCCCUUGGUAGACUACCCCGAUGAUGACGAAGACGAAACCAUGGAUAUAAAGACCGCUGCUACGCCUCAAACACCCUUGACCCCGGAUAGUGGGAAAGAGACCUCGCCUCCGGACUCCCGGACUGCAGCUGAGAGGAAGCUGCAACCGUCACCUGAUAUCAAGUCGUCCAGCGAGUCCGAGCUGCAACACCCUCCUGAACGAGUGACAGAGAAGCGUCGAAGGCAGGAGGAUGAUGAUGACGACGACGAAUUAGGAAAGCUGUCUGGCGGACCAAAGCGAAGAAAUUCGACUUCCAGUGCAUCUAGCCUUACCUCUCAGGGAUCUUUACGCCGGAAGAAGGGAUUUUUGCGGUCAAAGCGAGCGAGCGAUAACGCCACGCUCUCGAGCAACACCGAUACUGGAAAUCACGCCGAGGGCCGAAAACCGCGGAAGAUUGCAAUCAGUCUAUCGAAUCUCACGAAUAAAGAAGAAGACCCAUUGACCGAUCCGAAGGUGCAGAACAAGCAAUCUGUGACGGCCGAAGAGGAAGGUUAA